GCAUUACAUUUCAUCUCGUUACACUGCAUAAGCAUAACAUCGCGUAUACUUUAUACACACGCCACCACAUAACAAGGCCCACUGUUACUAUGAGCAAAAGAGAAAUGAACUCUCCAACAGCAGCAGCUGAGUCGCUUUAGUAGUGGGCUUGCCGUUUCUUUUGUCUCGGGUAAAAAAAAGUGUUGGUUGGUUGUUGGUUGGCUGCCUGCCUUGGUCUUCUCUGGAGCUGGAAGUGGGGCUGGAAGUUAUCGUUUUGGGGGAAGGAUACCUGGACUGUUUAGUCGUUGGAAUAGAUAACCCACCCGUUCUGAUUUGUACAAGGACACGAAAGUUGGAGGGAGAGAGAGACGGUACCCUUUGACCUCUUUCAACUACGUCACCCAUCACCACAUCUGUUACGAGGAAGUGCGAAAGAUCGACUUCAUCAUCAUUGAAGUUUAAGGGCGACGGCCGUUUGGUCUGGUCGGGUGUGGCGUUGCGGUGUGGCGUUGAAGUGAAGUGACGACGAAAGAAGAAGACCAAUAAAUAAGGAUUGAUUGCAGGCGAUCAAGAAACAAGCCUUCGUCACAUCACAAAAGAAAGAGGUCAAAGGUAAAGGUUAACAUUAAUCUAAGAAGGUUGGACCAGACCAAACUUAUCGAAAAAAAACACUGAUUUGUUCCUUGCGCAAGCAGCAUUUAUAUUCAAAUAAAAAAAACUCAGGAGGCUUAUUGUUACGACUCAGUUUAUGCGAGUGCAGUUUGCUGCGUUAAUUCUGACAUACAACAGACGCUCAAUACAAAUUUUACUACUCAUCCUCUUCUUUUUGGACCCAUACAAUGAACAACGGUCAUGGCAAUGGCUAUCAUAACCACAACGGUCAUAUGAGCAAUGGAUAUGGAGGCGGAACUAGCAACGGCUAUGGAAAUCAUGCCGCUGCUGGUCAUAGCAACACCAACGGACAUUCUGCUCCUGCUCCGACUAUGACCAACGGUCACGCGCAUAUGAAUGGUCAUGGUGCAGCGGCACUCGUUCCUGGCAAGAAUGGUUUAACCUUGACUCGCUACGCGCAUCCGGACAUGUGCUUCUACUGCUUUGACGUGCUGUACAGCAACUUGAAUAACGUGGAACCCCCAAAACCACCUGGUUUCACUAAUGAUGCAUUUCCGCUCUUCGUCACUUGGAAAAUUGGAAAAGAUCACCGUCUUCGGGGUUGUAUGGGAACAUUUAAUGCGCUAUCUCUCCAUUCUGGAUUAAGGGAGUAUGCGGCAACAAGUGCUUUCAAGGAUUCUCGUUUUCCGCAAAUAACUCGCGAUGAGUUUUCAAAGCUCCACGUUUCCGUCUCCAUUCUCUGCCAUUUCGAGGAGGGGGCGAAUUAUUUGGACUGGCAAGUCGGCGUUCAUGGGAUUCGGAUAGAGUUUCACAACGAGCGUGGCUCCAAGCGGACGGCAACUUAUCUUCCGGAAGUUGCUCCAGAACAAGGAUGGAAUCAAACGCAGACAAUCGACUCUUUGCUCCGCAAAGGGGGCUAUAAAGGAAGCGUCACUCCAGAAGUUCGAGCCUCCAUCAAGCUAACUCGCUACCAGUCAGAGAAGGUGUCUGCUAGCUACGCUGAUUAUGCUAAUCGUUGGCAAAACGGUAGUAUAAGAUCCUACUGAAUUAGGCAUUUUUUUGACAGGCAGUCCAACCAACCAACCAAUAAAACAUCCAGCAGUAAAUACGAAAAGUAGUUCUUUCCUCCUGUUACGUGGAAAUUUAGAAAUCAUCAAAAUUAUAGUACAUUAGACACCAAAAUUUCGAAUGAUUCCCAAAAGAAUUACUAAAAUUCGUAAUGAUUUGUUUACGUUUUUUUCUUCGCUUAAGUGAUACUCAACUACCUCGUUUUCAAAAAAUUAUCUCAUUUUGAUUGGCAUAAAGUGGAAAAGAUUAGGAAAACGGCAGUUUAUAUAUAUGUACGCUUUCGAAAACCCAUACUAUCUCCCGUAGUCCAACAAUGCAACCAUUACUGGUUGUGUUUUGCCUUAUACAGCAAUUAACUAACGUUUUGUCGUAAAAACCUGUCCAAGGACAACUCUCUGAAAACCGAAGUUAAAAAGGCCAUGCUAUUAAAACACCGACUAAUAUCAAGUCAUGUGAUGAACACUCCAAACUUUGUAUUUCUGCCUAAAAAAGAUUAAUUUAAUAGUUUGCUGAAAACUCUUGUUUGAAUCUAAAUUAUGCGGUCAUGCAUGCAAUGUUUUUUAUAACUGAAAUUGGAAUUCUGAAUUAUUUAACUGGCUGCUGAAAAAACUGUGACGAAAUGUGAACUGAAGUUGUAACUUAUCGUAAUAACUUAUUAGAAAAACGGUUGAUGAUGUGUAGUAAGACGACAACGACUAAAAAAAUGGCGAAUGAUUGAUUGAUUUGACUAAGACAAAUGUUAAUCUAACAAACUUCUGGUGUGGAUACAUGCGAUACAUUUUUUUUAAAGUGGUUAUGCGUUUGUAUAAAGGUAGUGGCGUGGUGUGUAUCUUUUGUUUAACUUUAUAUAGUUAACAUUUUGUAGGUAAAUAUUCAAAAAAGCCAGUGUUCCAGGUUUUGUACAUAACAUGCUAUGUAAUAAUAAUAUUAAUAGGUUUGUUUGGGUGCUGGGGAUGAUGAAUUGACGAUGAAUUGGGAUUGGUUUUUUGGUUUACCAAGUGUGUGAAAUUAUGAGCAACUUCUCCACACAAAUUACACAUAUGGGUUUUAGUACUUGUUUAGCAUAAUAAUUAAUUAUAAAUAUGGGUUAUACAAUAAGGUUAUUGGGAAUGAUUCAUUCAGGAUGAAGAUUUGCGAGGUAAAUGGUUAAUGUGGUGUCUGUGUUCGUCUGUAAGGUUUUUUGUUAUAAUCGAGAAAAAAUCAGUAAAAGUAAAGUAGCAAGCGCAUGCAUGAUAAUUAACUAUUUUAGAAGCGCUUUUUGCGAAAUUGGUGACAAUGUGAAUAAAAAUAAAAAUAUGUCCAUUUUUGAAUAUUAUAGCGUCAUGUAAUCUGUGAGUGUCGAGUCGAAUGUGUAUAAUAAAUAAACUGAACAAAAAGCGAAUAAA